AUGUCCAUUGAUGAUCAUAGGUGGAAAAAGCAGAAGAUGGACUGCAAUGUGAAAGUUGAGUGCAGUAAUCUUUUGAAAGAAUUGAUGGAUCGUAGACUGGCAUGGGUGUUCACUAAGCCAGUCGAUCUAGUGAAGGCUCCUGAUUACUUCAAGAAGAUUAGGACUCCAAUGGAUUUAGGAACAAUAAAGCGUAAUCUGGAGAGGAAUAUGUACUCUGAUGCAAAGGAAUUUUCUGGUGACAUGCUGCUGACUUUUAGGAAUGCGAUGUUGUAUCACUCUCCUUUGGAUGAAGUUUAUCGCAACGCAAGGCUAUUGAAUUGUAACUUCAAGAGGAGGUGGGAAAUAUUGGCUAAAAAAAUGAAGCUAGAUGUAGAUAACAGUAACCAAGUAAUGAAGCCAGCAGCUGGUCCGAUGAAAGCUCCCAAAGCUGAAAAACGUGGCUACUCAAGGCGCGUAUCACUGGAGAAAAAACUGAAGCUCGGAGCAGGGAUUAAGAAUGAAAAAACACUAAAUGGCUGCACAUCAUUGAGGAAAAAUUCUGACAAAGGUGUGAACCGGUGUCAAGAAGCAGCUAUUGAUGCUUAUACUCGCGGGGCUGUUCCCAUUGAAGAAAAAAGCCCCUGUUCAACCUCUUCCACGACUCCUACAUCUGCUGCUGAAGGUGUCCAAAUGUCGCCAAAGAAGGCUUCGCGGGUUGCAAUGCUCAAAGGCCGCUUUGCUGAAAUGGCCUCUCGUGAGAGAGAAAGAAAAGCUGCAAGGAUGGCACUAGGGAAGAUCAAAAAGACGGUUGAGAUUGAUACGUCUCCUAUCCUGCUGAAAGAGAUGAGUAUUCUAUUUGGUUGCUAUUCAAAUCCCAAGGCUUUGGAGAAAAUUGGCUUUUACUUGAAGCAAAACUAUGUGGAAGAAUAUGAAGUAUGA